AUAUAAUAAAUGGUAAAUAAUGCUUCUUGGUAACAUGUUAGGACUACCAGAAUUAGCAAAAUAUUCAAGUUAUCUGGCGAGUUGAAAUAACCUUUCGUGUGUUGGUUUGCGAACUUGAGCAAUGGCAAAAUAUUCAGUUCGUUGAUUGUGUCCAUUAUCAGGUGAAAGGAGAAUAUCAUCGCGGCUACACGCCCACAUUAAUGUGUUUCAAUACUUGAAUUUAUAAGACGCGUCCUGGUCCGCAUACUUAAUUUAGUUAUUGUUUAUUUACACACUUAAAUGGAAUGUACCCAUAAUGCUUUGUAUUGUUAUUAUAUAUGUAGUUCGUACUGAGUUCUAUCACUUAAAAGCUGAAGCCAACUUUAUACAUUUUUGUACAUGGUGUCAGAUGUGGGAACGUGUGCAUUACAUGUAUGCAUAUUAUUUGCAAAACUUCUGUUCGAGGAACAAGAAUCCACUUAAUAAUAAAUACACUAGUCUCCGUUGUUUCGCCUUCUAUGAACGAGUUUCACCGGUGUACAUGAGGUCAAUUGGUACUUUUAAAAUGUAAACAAUAACAUCAAGUCAAAUAGUUAUCGAAUAUUGGUGUUCCUGAUGGAUAAUGGAGUACAGAGUUACAUGAAAUUCACACAACCUUAUUAAUAGAGUCAUGUCAGCACAGCUCAGGCAGUCAGCCAGGAAAAGGAAAAAUUUGCCAAUAGUGGCUGCUGCAUCAGCAAGGGAAAAGGCUAACCAGAGAGUACCUGACACUAUGUCAGUAACUGCACCACAGUUGCCUACAGUUGAUACUGGUACACCAUUCAUACCCAUUACAAGUUCUACUGGUACAUACCCAAUGUUGUUUUCACAGACAGGGGCAGGCAUAUAUACCAAUACAAGCACAGGGCCAGUCGAUUUGAAGAGCACCGCUAAUACCCUUUUAUACUCAAGAGUACCACUACCAGACCAAAGAGUGUGCAACACUGUAAAUAGUCAAGAUCCUCCAGAACAUUCCUUAGGAUUAUCAGAUUGGACGGUUCCAUGGUUUAAAAUUCGUCUGCAGAAAAAUUAUUCAAAUAUCAUUACCAGUGUAAAGCAUGAUACAAUAGUAGAUCAUUUGAUAUCAUGUGAUGUAUUGACAUUUGGUGAUUGUCAAAAGAUAAAUGCGUGUCCAUCACAAGAACAAAAGAAUAGACAGUUAAUGGACACACUUUUGCAUGGAAAUGAAAAUGGAUUUACCGAAUUUCUCAACGCUCUACGAAAUGACUCAGCAUAUACAGAUCUAGCAAAUAGAAUAGCAUCCACAGAAGUUACAAGCACAGAUAGAUCAAAUAUUCAGAGUUGCUACAAUAUAAAUAAAAAGGAAAUAUGGGCUGAAUGUACAAGAGACAACAACCCUGCUGCCCAAAAAAACUAAAGAGAAUUAGAGGCGAAGAAUUGUUCAGGGAAAUAUCCUUUUGGGUAAAACUGUUGUUCAUUUUAACUAUACAAUAUGGGUUUUGCCCAUUUGUUAAGGUCAUACAGUGACUUCUAGAUGCUUACAUUUACUCAAUUUGUUAUUUGGUUGAUAGUUGUCUCAUUGACUAGCAUACCACAUCUUCUUAUCUUUAAUUUAUCUUGCACUUCAAUAAUGCAAUUUAGGUACAUAUGUAUAACUGGUGAAUAAUAAAGCCAGUGAUUUUCUUAGGUCAAAUUGAUUAACACGUUUUAUUAAUUUGUUUCACUGAUGAAAUGAUUUUUUUCUAUUUUUUUUUAUUUUGAACAUUUUGUCUUCUUACGGACUUGUAUAGAUUGUUACGGUAUGGACUUUGGUCAUUUAUGAAAACUGCAAGGUCAUAUGUAGCUGGUCGAAUCUUUUGGUUGGUCUGUGGUUUAUAGAAGUUAGUUUAUUGACCUUGAAAAUUAUACCACUUUGACAUAGUUUGAGAUAAGAUCUUCCAUCACAUAAUUGUUUUUCGUUUAACUUGAUUAUCUUACAUAAGGUCAUACAAAUUACAUGUUGUGAUUUUUU